AUAGAACAGAGACAGCAGGUCUCAUUCUAACUUCCCUGGUCUUCAUAUAUGAGAUAAUACAGCUGAGAUGAUUAGAAAUACUUUUACCUUUAGUAGUAAAUGAAAAGUUGUAUUCAUUUCAGUUGGGCUUAGCCGGCAUCGUUGUUAUCAUCGCCAUGGCGUGUUGGAAAGCUACACUGCAGCUUGCUAUCGUCAAGCUGCUGUGCGUGUAUUACUCUGCGCAAGUGCUGCUCAUGAUAGUGGUGAAAUUUUUCAUCAAACCACAUUCCAAGUUCUGGGUCGUCAAAAAGCGUCCAUACCCACCACAGUGUCUUCUGAAGCAUAACUACGGUGUUAGCAAAUAUGUCACAGUCAAUGGAAUCAAAUUACACUACGUUGAGAAUGGAGAUCCAAGCAAACCGUUAAUACUGUUUGUCCACGGCUUUCCGGAGUUUUGGUUCUCAUGGCGACAUCAGAUGGAGGAGUUCUCGAAAGACUAUUGGGUAGUUGCAGUCGAUAUGCGGGGCUAUGGAGAUUCAGACAAACCCGAAGGAGUUGAACCAUAUCGCAUUGAAAACAUGGUUCAAGAUCUCAAAGAAUUGAUAAAUUCGUUGGAUCGCAAAAAGGUUACCCUCGUUGCACACGAUUGGGGUGCGGUGAUAUGCUGGGAUUUCCUGUCCCAGCACAUGGACAUGGUCGAAAAGUACAUCAUGAUGGAUGCCCCUUCCAGACCGGUGCUCCGUAAAUUGAUUAUGACAACUAAAAAGCAGUUCAAAAUGUCCUGGUAUACCUUCUUCUUCCAGAUGCCCCAGCUACCGGAAUUCUUCAUACGCAUGGACGAUCUAAGGAUGUUUGAUGCCGUGUUCAGAAAGCAUAUCAACGCCGAAGAAGUUGAAGCAUUCAAAUAUACUUUCGCCAAGAAAGAUGCUCUUACCGGACCAGUCAAUUACUAUCGUGCGAACAACAGCAGAUCCAUGAAAUCAGUUCGCGUACUUGAUGAAAUCCAACACGCACCUGGUCUUUAUCUGUUAGGUGAAAAAGAUAUGUAUAUUUCUGAAGAGUCCGGUCCCCUAAUGCAGGAGCAGUUUCAUAAUCUAGAGUUUAGGAUCGUACUCGGAGUGGAUCACUUUCUCCAGCAGCACAAUCCUGUACUAGUCAAUAGAUUGAUGCGAGAGUUUCUAGAAAAGAAAUAAAAUGACUUUUUUCACGCUGGCAUAGUUA